AUGGCGGCCCAUGCUACCGACAAUGAAGCUGCAGUCCAUGAGGCUACCACUAGAGCUGAACCGGGCGUCAAGCCAAGGAACGCCCUCCUCACUAGUGAGGCUGUGGAUGACAUCUCUGGGGAUGAUCAUGAGCAGCGCAUGAAGGACCGUGCCCUUCUCUCUGCCCAAGAAGAGAAGAAACUCUUGCGCCGCGUCGACUUCCGCUUGAUGAUCUUGUGCGCUAUUAUCUUCAUGAUCAAAAAUGUCGAUUCGAAUAAUGUUGCAAAUGCCAGAAUCAUGAACAAGGGCACUCCCCGGAACAUCAUGACGCAGCUCAAAAUGACAGCCGAUGACUAUAACUGGGUCAGCACGAUUUACAACAUUCCGUUCAUGAUUUGCGAGAUUCCCACCAACAUGGUCGUGAAAAAGAUGCUCCCCUCACGAUUCCAGUCGCGCAUCAUGGUAACUUGGGGCAUUGUGUUGGCUUGCCACGCUGCCGUUACAUCUAGUGCUGGCCUCCUAACCGCCCGCUUCUUCCUUGGUCUUGCCGAGUCUGGCAUGUUUCCAGGUAUUAUUCUGCAGAUGAGCUACUGGUACCGCGCCGAUGAGAUGACUCCUCGGCUCUUGAUUUUCUACUCGUUCGAAUUCUUCGCCAACAUUGUUAGUGCUGUUCUGGCCUAUGGGUUCAGCGGUAUGAAUGGGCGACAUGGCCUGUCUGGCUGGCAAUGGUUCUUCCUAGUUGAGGGUGUGAUUACGAUUGGCUUCGGCAUUUUGCUUCUCUUCAUCUUCCCUGAUUUUCCCGCGCAGGCCAAAUGGUUGUCCGACAAGGAAAAGCGGUUCCUCCAAGCUCGCCUACCACCAAAUGCCCCUCGCUCUUCCGAAAGCAAUUUCAAGGCGAGCGAGAUAUGGGAUACCAUGAAAGACCAGCGCCUCUGGUGGUUCGCGUUCAUCUGGGCCACUAAGACGAUUGGUAGCACCGGUCUUUCGUUCUACUUACCCACCAUUGUCGCCAGCCUGGGACUUGCUUCCAUCGCCGAAAGCCAACUGCUCACCAUCCCAUCCUCAGUUCUGGCUAUCAUCCUCAUUGCUAUCAGCGGUUACUUGACCAACUCGUUGGCUGUGCCGUACCCCCUUGUGGCACUGGUGUACCUGGUCUCUAAUUUAGCGUGCUACGGCGUUAUGGUCGCAUACCCGAACAACGGAGGCGUGUAUGCUGCCACGCUGAUUGCUGCGGGUGUCUCGCUGGCCUGGUUCGCUACCAUGUGGCCAUGGCGUCUUCAGACGACGUUCAGGGCAACGGGUUCGGCCUUUGCCAUCGCAUGGGUCAACGCCCUUGGCGGGAUUGGUACUAUUGUUGGUCCCCAGAUCUUUCGCUCCAAGUACGCACCCGAGUAUACAGUGUCGUUCGCGGUGGCCAUGGGCAUGACUGGCGCAUGCAUCCUCGCCAUCUGCUGGACCUGGUGGAUUACAAGGGAAACGGAGAGGCAGACCCGUCAUCUGAGAAAGAGGCGUCUCGCCGCCCACAAAACCAACGAGGUCAUUUUGGAUGAUGUUGACAUCGAUGCUGACUUCAAGACACCGAAGGUGCACACUUAG